AUGGAGGCAUGGAAUCAGAGUUCAGAUGAUUUCAUUUUGUUGGGGUUGUUUCCACAAACUCGAACUGGCCUACUCUUCUUGUUGCUCAUUGUCCUCGUGUUUCUCCUGGCCUCUGUGGGUAACUCAGCAAUGAUUCACCUCAUACGUGUGGAUCCUCGUCUCCACACACCGAUGUACUUUCUGCUCAGCCAGCUCUCCCUCAUGGACCUGAUGUGUAUCUCCACUACUGUCCCCAAGAUGGCAUUCAACUUCCUCUCUGGACAGAAAGCCAUCUCCUUCCUGGGAUGCGGUGUGCAAAGCUUCUUUUUUCUGACAAUGGCAGGUUCUGAAGAUUUACUCCUGGCUUCCAUGGCCUAUGACCGCUAUGUGGCCAUCUGCCAUCCCCUCCAUUAUUCCAUCCGCAUGAGUAAAUGGAUGUGUGUAAAGAUGAUUGUUGGAUCUUGGAUACUCGGCUCCAUCAACUCCUUGGCACACACUGCCUAUGCCCUCCAUAUUCCGUACUGCAGGUCUAGAGCCAUCAAUCAUUUCUUCUGUGAUGUCCCAGCCAUGUUGCCUCUUGCUUGCAUGGACACUUGGGUCUAUGAGUACAUGGUGUUUGUGAGCACAAGUCUAUUUCUCCUCCUUCCUUUCAUUGGCAUCACUGCUUCCUACGGCCGAGUGCUUUUCGCUGUCUACCAUAUGCAGUCAAAGGAAGGGAGAAAGAAGGCCUUCACCACCUGUUCAGCACAUUUAACUGUCGUGACCUUUUACUGUGCACCUUUUGCGUACACCUACCUUAGGCCCAGGCAUCUCCGCUCGCCUGCAGAAGAUAAGAUUCUGGCAGUGUUUUACACCAUCCUCACCCCCAUGCUCAAUCCCAUUAUCUACAGCCUGAGGAAUAAGGAGGUCCUGGGGGCAAUGACGAGAGUGUUUGGGAUAUUCUCUUUAAUGAGAAAAUAA